UCUCGCCCGGGAUUUCUAGCGGGCAAGUCACGUACUCACGUCCUCUUCCUCCCAACACACUCUGUUCGCAUAUCCCUGUGCUCUUGCUUGCAGGCUUUUUAUCCGUUUCUCCUUCUAAAACCUUCUAUCGAGGGAUCAAGGCUUGAUUUCACUUGGAUUUGGUGCAUAUUGAACCAAAUCUGGACAGGACGGCUUCAUUUACAUCUCUUUAGAUUCUCACUACCUUCUUAGACACGCUCAUUAAUUAAUCGGACAAUCGAAUUGACGAGUCUAUCGAUCGGAUCAUCACUGCUGUCUUCACUGCAAUAACCAUGUGGAGGUUCAAGCCAUUCAUGCAUAAAGAACCAACCGGGCUUGAAGGUCGCUCCAUUGAUGUUGGCGAUCUUAAAAUUCAUGUCCAAAAGGCCUUUGCUGAGGGAGGGUUCUCAUGUGUUUACUUUGCUCGGGAUGCUGUACACCCAUCAAAGCAGUAUGCUUUGAAGCACAUGGUAUGCAAUGAUGAGGAAUCACUUGAACUUGUGAUGAAGGAGAUCUCUGUGAUGAAAUCACUUAAAGGACACCCCAAUAUUGUCACACUUCAUGCGCAUUCAAUCUUUGACAUGGGAAGAACAAAGGAAGCUCUCCUUGUAAUGGAAUUUUGUGAGAAGUCUCUGGUUCAUGUGCUGUUGAGUAGAGGAUCUGGAUAUUUUGAGGAGAAACAAGUCCUUUCAAUUUUCCGAGACGUCUGUAACGCUGUUUUUGCAAUGCACUGCCAGUCACCACCUAUCGCUCACAGAGACCUUAAAGUUGAGAAUAUUUUAUUGGGGCAUGAUGAAUUAUGGAAGUUGUGUGAUUUUGGUAGCACUUCUACCAAUCACAAGAUAUUUGAGAAGCCCGAGGAAAUGGGAAUUGAAGAAGACAACAUUAGGAAGCACACUACACCUGCGUACAGAGCCCCUGAGAUGUGGGAUCUGUUCCGGAGAGAUCUUAUAAAUGAGAAAGUCGACAUAUGGGCUCUAGGAUGUCUCCUUUUUCGUAUAUGCUACUUCAAAAAUGCAUUUGAUGGAGAAUCCAAGCUGCAAAUCUUAAAUGGGAACUACCGGAUUCCAGAGUUACCUAAAUACAGCUUGGCUAUCACAGGCCUAAUUAGAGACAUGCUUCAAGAUUCGCCACAUGACCGACCAGACAUCACGCAGGUGUGGUUUCGUGUCAAUGAACAAUUACCUGCUAAUAUGCAAAAGUCAUUACCUGAUAGGCCUCCUGAAAUGAAGUCUGCUGGCAUCCAUGAAGGUAUUUCCAAGCCUGCUGAUAGGUUGCCUCCCAUGCCUCACAGAAGCCCACCACCCCCGCCAUCAUCUGGAGAAUCGACCAGAACUACAUCUUCUGGGAUAGGGAGUGGCAGUGGUUUUGGUGCUUUUUGGUCCACUCAGCAUGCAAAAGAUUCUCUUGUUUCUGAAGACAUGAGCAAGCCUAAAUUUGAUGAAGAACCACUUAGCCAUAAUACAUUAAAACAUGAUAGAAGCCGACCAGAAAAUCAUCCUUUACCUAAGAACACUAGCCAUGCGAGAGAUGAUGAUGCACACUUUCAUGCUGCACGGAGAAAUUCGCAUGGUAAAUCCCACAAGCGUGUGGAUGGUCCUUCAAAGGACUCUGAAAUAACAUUUUUCCAGAAAGACACAGAGCAUGGUACUGAGAAGCCAAGAUCAUCGAAGAGCGAUGGGGCUGCUGUUUUUCAAGAUGAGGCUUUUAACACAUUUGUCUCUGAAUUUGAUGCUAGUAAUGUCAAUCCUGUGAUGAGUAGUAACAGGCCAGGAAAUGAAGAAACAUUGGAGGCUGAAAUAGAGAGGCUGAGAGAUCAGCUGAAGCAGGUAAACUCAGAGAAGGCUGAAAUAACAUCCAAAUUUGACAAAUUAUCUGCCAUUUGCCGAUCUCAAAGGCAGGAGAUACAAGAGCUGAAGCAAGCUCUUGCUGCUAGAACUCCAUCACCAAGCAAGGAAGCUUCAAGAAAUCAAACGUCAUCUGGAGUUGGGCCAUAUUCAACUCCCCAGAGGGAGAGUGAUGGAUGGAAUACUCCUAAUCCUGUGCCGUGGCAAGCUUUUGCUGAUGAUCCAAAAGGACCAAAACCAUUGCAGCAACCUUUUUCCCAGGACAAAUCUCCUCAUUCUGUCAGGACCAGAAAUGGUCAACCUAAUAAGCAGGAUGCUCAAGUAACUGCAAAUGUUGAUACAUGGGGUUUUGGAACUGACUAUUUUGCUGCUAACCCCCCAGCCAGCUCCCAGGGAUUGAGACCUAGUAGCGAACAAAAUACUUCUCAAGGCAUUGGUGAGCCCAAGAUUGCGGAGAGCCAGUCAACUGCUCAACCUGCUGGAUGGGCUGGUUUCUAACGCUUUCCGGGAGGUGAGGAGGAUUCUGGUGAGACUCAUAAUUAAUUACUUGGUGCUCCUGCUUGAACUGAUGAGGAGAGUUAAAAUAACUUGGUGUUUUGAUUUUGGAUUUUUUCUCUCCAUCUAUUCCUGUAAAUCCACUGAAGCAAUAGACAAUAUGGACCAGCCAUCCAUCCACAAUUGUAUCUUUCUUCCCUGUUUUAAUAUAUGGUUUGUGUUAUGAGGAA